UCAGUGCGAUGAUGCGAGGUCUCCCCACCAGUUAUAGGUACCGUCACUUGUGACGUUGAGAAUACGGGGACACUCAGUUCAUAUAGUUAUCCUGUUUCCACUGACCCAGCAGGAGUCGAGUCGACAGUGCUGCUCUCGGAUUCAGCAGUCAAGGACACGUCUAAAGAGGCUUGAAAUGGAGACCUUUAAUCAACACCUUAACGCAUAUAUCGACUCAUGGAUGGGCCCUCGUGAUCCUCGAGUUCGUGGAUGGCUAAUGUUGGACAAUUAUCCCCCAACGUUUCUGUUUACGGUUUUAUAUCUCCUGAUUGUUUGGAAGGGUCCAAAGUAUAUGAAGGACAGACAGCCAUUCUCCCUCAGAGGUGUCUUGGUGGUGUACAAUCUGGGCCUCACUCUCCUGUCCCUCUAUAUGUUCUGUGAGUUAGUCAGUUCUGUGUGGUAUGGUGGAUACAACUUCUUCUGCCAGGAUACGCGCAGUGCUGGAGAGUAUGACAAUAAGAUCAUGAAUGUGCUGUGGUGGUAUUACUUUUCCAAACUCAUUGAGUUUUUGGACACCUUCUUUUUCAUCCUACGGAAGAACAACCACCAGAUUACUUUCUUGCAUGUCUAUCACCACGCCAGUAUGCUCAAUAUAUGGUGGUUUGUGAUGAACUGGGUACCAUGCGGUCACUCAUAUUUUGGAGCCACCCUCAAUAGCUUCAUCCACGUGCUGAUGUACUCCUAUUAUGGCCUUUCGUCUAUCCCGGCCCUGCGCCCAUACCUCUGGUGGAAGAGAUACAUCACGCAGGGCCAACUGACCCAGUUUGUUUUAACUAUGUCUCAGACAACAUGUGCUGUGAUCUGGCCAUGUGGUUUCCCAAUGGGCUGGCUAUAUUUCCAGAUAUCCUACAUGGUUUCUCUUAUUGUCCUUUUCACAAACUUCUACAUUCAGACCUACAUGAAACAAGGAGCUUCACAGAAAAUUGGUUAUCAGAAUGGAUCUCUAGCUUCUGCAAAUGGCUAUUCCAAUGGGGUGACACCCACAGAGAAUGUUAAGCACAGGAAACCCAGGGCGGAUUAACAUAUUGCAAGAAUUCUGACACAAUCUCCAACGGUAGUGUGUAUAUAUAUA